CGCGAGGGAGGAGCGGGGCGAGGAAGGUGCUCAUCACGGGUACCGACAUCCCCGACCUCACGGCCGCACUGCUGCGGAGGGCCGCAGAGGCGCUGGACCAACAUGAGGUGGUGUUGGGUCCCGCCCUGGACGGCGGGUACUACCUGCUGGGGCUCACGCGGCUGGAGGAGGAGGCGCUGUUUAGGGGCAUCCCCUGGAGCAGCUCCCGCGUGCUGGGCGACACGGUGGCUGCUGCGGCCGCCUGCGGGCUGCGGGUGGCGCCCUUGGAGUGGCUGCCGCGGCUGAGGGAUGUGGACACGCGGGAGGACUUGGAGGAGUGGGUGGCGACGCGGACAGGAGCGCUGGGACAUCAGAAGAAGAAACUAGAGGAGGGGAGAAGCCUAGGGGUUAAGCAAUUACAGCAACAGGGACAGCAGCAGGGGGACGACGGCAAAAGCGCAGGCGCGGGGAGUCCUGCUGUGGCUUUGGGGCCCCGCAACGGCGUGACAAGGAGAAGCCAGCCGUUGGAAGAUGAGAGGCGGGAGGAGCAUGCUGGGCUUUGUGGAGAAGUUGCGGUCACGGAGGGCCGUGCUCCAGGGGAAGUGGAUGCAACUUCAGACGAGUCUUUCGAGGUACAGCUGGCAAAGGGCUCAGUGGCAGUCGAUUCAAUAAAUUUUACAGUGCCAGUUGAUGCCAAUGGUUUAGACUUGCGGGUAAUAGAAUUGCAAAGAAGGCUUUUCGAGGUCUCCUUUGCGAUCCUGCAUAGCACUUCUCAAUCUUCUAGUGUUGAGGAUGUAGGGAACGGACAUUAGCACGGCGGAUGACCGGAUGUAGAGGCCUGGAUGGAAUGGCCUGCCGUAUGCGGUAUGUAGGAGGCCCAUUUGGGUAGCCUUCCCAUAAAUAGGCCAGAGCCCCCAUUCUACUGUAUUUUCCACAUCUAAAGCUACAGGAAAAAUACUUUUAACUAUCACAGGUGCUUCAAGGUUACCUUAUAGAACCUUUUCCUGUGCCCAAAAUGUUGUCGGCGGUGCACAGGGUAAACGCUUCUGGGGUCGUGGGAGCGGUAUCAAGGCACGUUGCAUCACAGCCCGAGGUCCUUAUCCUUUGCGAUAUUACUCAACCUGGCAAUCCUGCAAAGGGCCGCGGCUUUUUCCAGCUUCGCGGAACUGCCCUCGGGCCCAAACUCGACCUUUUCGAACCUAUGCAUGGCAUCGAUAUCCUUAAGCCCUACGAUGUAAAGUCGUUCAUUUCCUGUGCUACGUUCUGUGCGGCGACGGGUCUGACGUUUUUCGCCGAGGGCCAUGCAAUAUUCUCCCUGGAUGAGAGGAAUGUUGUCCGGAAAGUGCUUGCUGUCGCUGGAAACGAGCCGGGUUACGAGCACGGGAAGGGUCUGGAAUUUUCCUAUCCUUCAGAGCUCGCUGCGCCUGAUUCUCAUACCCUGUACGUGAGCGAUGCGUUCGGGCUGCACCGUGUAGACUUUGCCCUAUCGGAAGAGCACGGCGUUGUUGCCACGUACGUUACCAUGCUGCGCGAGCACGAUGGGGAUAGCCUAGGGCAGCUGAGCCUCGCAUGCGCACCCGGGUGCUUUCUGCUAGCCUCGGCAACUGCCAUGUACCGGCAGCAACAAGACCCCAGCCAAGGCACGCAUGAAUAUAGCACUGCCCGCUGGUCGCCGUGGGUUGGUCAAGAGGGAAGCCGGGGAGGGGCAGAUGGAUUUGGGUGUGAUGCCCGCUUCUCCAGCAUUGCUGCAGUUGGUGUCACUGCUGACGGCGGCGCCAUAAUAGUGGA